GUUUUGGCAAUGUCAAAAGUAUUUGCGGUACAUUUUCACGAAAUGAAUGAAGCGCAGAAGGGUCUUGCCGAAUCGCUUUAUCAGCUAUCGCUAAAAGAAAAUAGUCUAAGUGUGGAAUGUGCGCCAAACUGUGAUUCACUGCGAUCGGUGGCGCAUAACGGUGAACUUCUGGAGCGGGCUCUGUCUUUUUUCCUCUCAUCGUUGGCAACACUUUCCGAGAAGACAAUCGAGGAUACCAUGCUUACCAUUCAUAAUCAUGAUCAGGCCCGUUUAGAAUAUGAUGUACACCGUAAUGAGGCCGCAUCUCUGCAGCAGUCCGGUGCCAGUCCGGAGAUACUCGCGGCGGCGGAAGCGAGAUGUCGUCAGUAUAAAGAAAAAUAUGAGCAGCUCAAAGCCGAUGUUAAAGCUAGUUUUCUUUUUCAAGCACAUUUUCUGCAGUUUGCUAAUGGGGCUAUUGUAGUAAAACUUAGGCUUCUGAAGGAAAAUCGGCUGAAGGUGAUGCGUAAGCAGUUGUUGCUUCUUCACAACGCAUUGUCUGCGUAUUUUUCAGGGGGCUUGUCAUUGAAGCUUUAA